AUGAAUCCGUCUCAGAGGGGUGACCAGCGGCCACCUCGCGCAGCGCGACCAAACCCAGCAGCUCGCCAAUCUGCCCAGCCUACCAAUUCGCCAGCAACACCGUUCGAUCAGCAACAACAGUACGCAAGUCGGCAGCACCAACUACCGCACGCGAACGUAUCCUUCCAGAAUGUGGAGCUUGGUGACAGACAUGCACCGGUAGACCAGGCACGAGGCCAGAGGAGCAUGCCGUCAGCGUACCGCAACGACGAUUUGGAAGGGGGCGAUUACCAGGAUCCAUCCAAGAUGUACAGGAAGAAGAGCUUGGUGCGGCCUGACAGGGAGAAAAUCGAUCCUCAUCACCGGCAGUUCCACUACCGAAAUCAUGUCGCUCAAUUAGAGCAGGAGGGGAACGCCAGCUUCGGCGUGCAGCCUUCGAGAACGGGCAACUAUCCGCAUCACCACCAGACUCAGCAGCAUUCACAGCGCGACACGCUACGUCGAGGGAGGUCGUUACUUGCCAGAGAGGAAGGCGACGUCAACGAGUCGGGCCUGAAUAUCUUCAGACGGGCACAAACACUACGGCGGAAAAAGGCCGCUGCAGCCGCUCCUCCUCCUGACGCCCCAAAACCAAAACGUGGAUGCUGGAAGGGACCGGGUCCAGGAGGUCCAUGGAUGACUUAUUGCCUGAUUGUUACAUUCUGGAUGCCCAACUUUUUGCUCAGUGUUUGCGGUAUUCGCACACCUGAAGCACAGCGAGCAUGGAGGGAGAAGAUGGGCCUAGUUAGCUUGAUCCUGCUCCUUAUGGCAGGUGUCGGUUUCCUCACUUUCGGAUUCACCAAGAGUGUGUGUGGCACCCCUCCGACUAGGUUCCAUGGAGGUGCUAUCGGUGACGAUCACAUCAGCAAUGGCUCGGUUGUCAUUCACGGUUACACCUACGACUUUAGCAACUUCCGGCAUCCACCCACACCGACAGUGUUCAAUGGUUCAUCCAACCCUCUUCUUGAAGGCGACUGGAAUCUCGGCGGAAACGACGCAUCUUUCCUCUUUCAAAAAGUCAACGACAAGUGCUACUCCAUAGUGACGAAAGCACCGAGUUCGAGUAUCACUGGACAGGGCAACUUCCUGGAUUGGUAUUUCCCAUGCAACAUCCAUCCUCAAACUGGUUCUGGAGGAGCGAACUUGACCGGCUACGAGAAUCCAACCAACUGCCAUGUAUCACCACAGACGAAAAACAUGUUGUCGGGCAUGAAGAGGUUGGGUCAGGUGUACUAUACCUGGGAGGAUGUGAAGAACACUCGCCGGAAUCUCGCCGUUUACGAAUCGAACGUCCUUGAUCUCAACCUUCUGAAUUGGUUGAGCCGUGCUCAAGUCAACUAUCCUGACGUCUUUGACGAUCUGAAAGUGGGGAACAGCACAUACCAGGGCAAGGACCUCACCAUGUACUUCAUCCGGACAAAGCAGAAGGCUGUUGCACAGUGUCUGACAGACCUCGUCACGAUUGGUUUCAUCGACACCAACAGUAUUGGAUGCGUCGCCUCCCAGGUUGUGCUUUACCUCUCCCUUGUCUUCAUUAUUGGUGUCGUCGCCAUCCGUUUCGUCAUGGCCGUCCUCUUCCAGUGGUUCUUCUCGUGGAGAUUAGGAAACUUCCCUCGCGAAACUUACGAAGAGCGAAUGGCCCGGUCAAACGCUAUCGAAAAAUGGUCGGACAACAUUCACUCGGCACCAGCUGGAGGAUGGAGACCCGACGCAGAGAAAGUGAAAUCGAGCCGCAAGACCUUCCUCCCCAACAUCUCGCGUUUCACGCCAUCGGACAGUGCCUUCAAGGCUAGACCCAUGACUGCUUACGGCAAGUUGGACUCCAGAAGGACGACUGUCUACUCUGCAAAGGGCGGCAAAGGAACACCUCCAGAUUCCCCCAGUCGAAAUUCAAGGAGCACCAUGUCACUUGUCGACUCCCGCGGCGGAUUCACAGACAAUACCUGCCCAUUCCCCCUCCACAAUGUCGUUCCUCAACCACCACCCGACUACGAACCCUUCAACUUCCCUCUUGCACACACCAUCUGCCUCGUAACAGCCUAUUCCGAAUCCGUCGAAGGUCUUCGCACCACACUCGAUUCGCUAGCAACCACGGACUACCCCAACAGUCACAAGCUCAUUCUCGUCAUUGCGGACGGUAUGGUCAAGGGUGAUGGCAACGACAUGCUGACACCGGAGAUCGUGCUGAGCAUGAUGAAGGAGUUUGUUAUCCCGCCGGAGGAAGUCGAAGCGCAUUCGUAUGUUGCUAUCGCCGACGGCCACAAGCGACACAACAUGGCCAAGGUUUACGCAGGAUUCUACGACUACGAUCCCCGAACCGUCGAGCCCAGCAAACAGCAGCGCGUCCCCGUCGUUCUCGUUGCCAAGACUGGAAACCCGUUGGAAGCCAAUGAGGCCAAGCCAGGUAACCGUGGCAAACGAGACAGUCAAAUCGUCUUGAUGGCUUUCUUGCAGAAGGUCAUGUUCGAUGAACGGAUGACGACUUUCGAAUACGAGUUCUUCAAUUCGAUAUGGAGGGUCACUGGUGUCAGCCCGGAUCGGUAUGAACUGGUGCUGUGUGUGGACGCUGAUACGAAGGUCUUCCCGGAUUCGUUGACGCGUAUGGUUAGUUGUAUGGUGUGUGACGAGGAGAUUAUGGGUCUUUGUGGAGAGACAAAGAUUGCGAACAAGGCAGAGACUUUCGUGACUAUGAUGCAAGUGUUCGAAUACUACAUUUCGCAUCAUAUGACCAAGGCUUUCGAGUCUAUGUUCGGUGGUGUAACCUGUUUGCCCGGUUGUUUCAGUAUGUACCGGAUCAAGGCGCCCAAGGGAGACAAGGGCUAUUGGGUUCCCAUUCUCGCCAAUCCCGACAUCGUGGAGCACUACUCGGAGAACGUGGUUGAUACCCUUCACAAGAAGAACUUGCUGCUUCUCGGAGAAGAUCGAUACCUCACCACGCUGAUGCUGAAGACGUUCCCCAAGCGCAAGAACAUGUUCUGCCCUCAAGCCGUCUGCAAGACCAUCGUCCCGGACACCUUCCGCGUGCUUCUCUCCCAACGCCGUCGAUGGAUCAACUCCACUGUCCACAAUCUUGCCGAGUUGGUGUUGGUCCGUGAUCUUUGCGGUACUUUCUGCUUCUCGAUGCAGUUCGUUGUUGGAAUGGAGUUGGCAGGUACCCUCGUACUUCCCGCCGCUAUCUCGUUUACCAUUUACCUCAUCGUCGACUCGAUCGUCAAGAGCGGAUCACAGAACACCAUUCCGCUUAUCCUUCUUGCCAUCGUUCUUGGUUUGCCCGGUCUGCUGAUCGUGGUCACCUCUCGCAAGAUUGCAUACCUUGGAUGGAUGAUGGUCUACUUUGUUUCGCUGCCGAUUUGGAACGGUGUCUUGCCUGCUUACUCCUUCUGGCAUAUGGACGACUUCUCUUGGGGUCAGACGCGUAAAGUCCAGGGAGAUACUGGUGAUGAUCAUGGUGAUAAACUCGGAGAGUUUGACUCUACCCAUAUUGUCAUGAAGAAAUGGGCCGAGUUCGAGAGGGAGAGGUUGUGGAGGAAGGCCAUGCAGUCGAGGGAUUCAAAUUACGGCGAGAAACAGAACUACAGGUACUCUCUUACGUCCAACGCUGAAGUCCCGAUGCCUCCGCCAAUGGACGGUACCAGCACGGCUGAUUCGAGCAACUACUCGUCUGUUCCAACGCGAGCACGACAUGACAGCAAUACCCUCUUGAUGCUCCCUGCACCCCUUUCUGCCAACCGCCAGCUCAUGUCCUCGACUCCCUCGGUGGGCAUGUCUCGUUCGAGCGAGGACCACUAUUAUUCGGAUGCUGCCUCCAAUUCCAACCAGAGACUCAUUUCAACGCCAAUGGUGCCCGAUCAUUAUAGCGACAGCCUAGAAUCCACGUCCACGACAACCGCGCACAGCCGCUCUCAACGAUCUAGUCCUCCAGAUCCCAACAACCCAUUCCGAUCUCACACGACCUCCCCCACGAGCAACGAAGAAUUCCAACCCUACGCAAACACUGAAGACGAUCCACGCAUGUCAAUGUCUCGCCGGGGUGUUGGGUUGACGGAUAACGGUCCUGUCCCGGGUCCUGAUGGUGUCCGACGUGUUUCGAGACCAGCUGGUCGACGGCCGACCUCGCAAGCACCACAAACGAACCGGUACUCUCGCAACUCGACUGCUUUCACGCUUCCCCCGGGUGCUGCACCUCCUCAGACUAAUUUUGGUGGUAAUUAAAUCAUUCCACACGUCUUUUUCUCUCUUACGGAACGCAAGUAUCUAUUAUCUUAAGUCAAGCAUUACACUCGCAUGGACCUAGUUUUCCUCUUUCCUCUCUCUAGUACGAUCUCCUGUGGUUAUUUCUUUCUCAUUUAUCUUUACUUCACUUUCUUUUCUUCCCUUUUUUGACUGUUGGCAGUAUCUUUCUCAAGUACGUUACGUUUGACGUUUUUUCUUUAGCUUCUACACGCGAGCAUACCCUUACCUAUCCCCUUUACUACCUUACCCCCCUCCGAUUACCCCCCGCCUACCUGAGACUUGAGAGACUUUUGACCAUGAUGCACUCGUUAUUUUUUUGUUUAGUUCACAUUUAUUUCUUCUUGCCCGAUCUUCCUCCCAUCCCAUCCAUUCAACCACUCGUACAGUAUAUAAUGACGACAUGCUUUUUUUGC